AUGAAGGCGUUCGCCAGCAGCUCCGUCGGAGCGCGCAUUGGAGGUGCUGCUCGCUCGUCUCUCUCAUCUUCCGCUUCCGCCUAUGGCCGCUCGCCUGCCUGUCGCCGGUUAUCCACCGCCGUGCUCGAAUCGCAGCGCUCGCGUUCCCAGCUCGCCUCUGCCGCCUCUUCUUCGCCUUCCUCUCUUCCCUUUCUCCGCUCGCAGCUUCAACCGCAGGAUAUCCUCCUCCGCUCCUCCGCCCUCUACGCCCGUCACUUCCACGCCCAGCCCCGUCUGAGUCAAGAAGCGAAGAAGGCCGACCCCAAAACCUCCGCCAAGGGCAAGGCGCCCGCCGAGGGCGCAAAGAAGAGCUCCCCCGCAGCCGACGCCGAAACCGGCGGAAAGAAGGCUGAAGGCGAGCAAAAGGCCGAGGGCGAGCAGGCCGAGGGUGAGCAGAAGGAGGAAGAGGGCAAGGACAAGAAGAAGAAGGACGACGCGCCCCCGCCCCCGCCGCACGGCGACAAGACCCCGUGGCAGGUCUUCACCGAGACGCUGAAGACCGAGUUCCAGGCGUCGAAGGAGUGGAACGACUCGACCAAGCAGCUGCAGGCUGGCGUCGAAGACUUCACCCAGAACGAGAACGUCAAGCGCGCGCGUUCCGCAUACAAGUCCGCUGCUGAGGCGGCCGGUUCUACGACUUCGACCGUCUUGAAGAAGACCGGAAGCGCCAUCGGUCAGAGCGCUGCGUGGACCUGGGAUACUGUGCCUGUGCGCGUGCUGAGGAAGAGUGCCAACGUGACUGGUCGCGGUCUCGAGAAGAUUACGCGGCCGGUGCGUCAGACCGAGGCGUACAAGAGCGUCAAGGAUGUCAUCGAUGAUGGCAGCUCCUCGAGAUACGGUGGUUGGGUUGAGAAGGAGGAGCGCAGGAAGAAGAGGGAGGAGAGAGACGAGAAGUCUGGCAGGCCAAGGGUCAUUGAGAAGAUGGAGGAGGACCCCGAUGCUGGUACCAACGUCACCCUUCACAAGGACGCUGCCUGGAAGGCGUCGUGGAACGAGUUCCGUGAGAACAGCCGUCUCAUGCAGUCCCUCUUUGCCAUGAAGGCCAACUACCGCGAGUCUGAGAACCCCCUCGUCUCCACUGCCCGCAGCAUCUCGGACCGUGUGGCCGGUUUCUUCGCCGAGAACGAGACUGCCAUGGUCAUCAAGAAGUUCAAGGAGAUGGACCCAACCUUCCAGCUCGAGCCUUUCUUGACCGAGAUGCGCGAGUACAUCCUCCCCGAGGUCCUCGACGCCUACGUCAAGGGUGACACCGAAGUCCUCAAGCUCUGGCUUUCGGCUGCCCAGUACCAGGUCUACGCUGCUCUCAUGCAGCAGUACACCACUGCCGGCCUCAAAUCCGCCGGCCGCAUCUUCGAUAUCCGGAACGUCGAGAUCCUGAACGCCCGUCUGCUCGACCCAGGCGAGAUUCCCGUCUUCAUUGUCACCUGCAGGACGCAGGAGGUUCACGUCUUCAAGAACGCCAAGUCGGGUGAGCUCGCCGCGGGUAUGGACGACAAGGUGCAGCAGGUUACGUACGCCAUCGGUGUCACCAGAAUACCCGAGGACGUCAACAACCCCGAGACCAGGGGCUGGAGGUUGAUUGAGAUGCAGAAGAGCGCGAGGGACUACAUUUAA